AUAGAAGCUCGUUUCCGCCUUGGCGUCCAUUUCAUGUUUACUCGUCAAGCAAGUUGUCGUCGCCUUGCUUUUCUCUGAGGAUUAAAACUAGAAACUUUUUUUAUUGACUUCGGCACUUGUGACAUUUAAUGAUGAACUUGCUUUUCUUCUUUCUCCUAGUUGUACAAACACACAGCGUGACGCCUGUGAUUCAUUCACUCAAGUAUUUCCACACUGCAUCCUCUCAAGUUCCAAACUUCCCAGAGUAUGUGAGUGUUGGUUAUGUUGAUGAAGUUGAGAUUAGUUACUAUGACAGCAACAUCAGGAAAGCAGAAUCCAAACAGGACUGGAUGAACAAAAUCACAGCAGAGGAUCCAAACUACUGGCAGAGACAAACAGAUUACUACAUUGUUGUUGAACAUGUCUUCAAAACCAACAUUGAAAUAGCCAUGAAGCGUUUCAACCAAACUGGAGGUGUUCACAUUGUUCAGAAGAUGUCAGGAUGUGAAUGGAAUGAUGAGACUGAUGAGGUUAAAGGUUGGCAGCAGUUCAGUUAUGAUGGAGAAGAUUUCAUAUCGUUGGACAUGAAGACAUGGACAUUUACUGCAGCAAAACAACAAGCUUUCCCCUCCAAACUCAAGUGGGACCAAGACAUAUUUAUACUAGACGACAAUAAGUAUUAUUACACUGAGGAAUGUCCUUCUUACUUGAAGAAGUAUGUGGAGUAUGGGAAGAAGGUCCUAAUGAGAACAGAGCUUCCAGAGGUGUUCCUCCUCCAGAAGACGCCAUCCUCUCCGGUCACCUGCAUGGCGACAGGUUUCUACCCCGACCUAGCCGACUUGUUUUGGAGGAAAGACGGCGAGCAGAUCUUCGAGGACGUGGAGCACGGAGAGCUGCUCCCCAACCACGACGGAACCUUCCAGAUGUCGGUGGACCUGAAAGUGGAGGUGACGGCCGAGGUGGAGGGCAAGUACGAAUGUGUGUUCCAGCUGUCUGGCGUCAAGGAGGACCUGGUCACCAAGCUGGAGAGAAGAAGCAUCCUGAGCAACGCAAGCCAUGAAGGCAACGUGAGCGUCACUGCCACGCUGGCGGUCCUCGCUGUGGUGCUCCUCCUGGCGGCCGGCAUCUUCAUCAUCAUCUUCAUCAUCAAGCGUCGCCGAAGCAGACAAGCCGAAUACGAUCCAGCUGGUAAGUAAAACAUCUUCUCUUUCUUGGAAACCAUAACAAUAAACAAAGCAGUGGUGAAGCAUCACUCACACACUUUGUAAGUUUACCCCCACAAAGAUUGAAGUUAUUAAUAUCAUUUAUUACAUAUUCAUCUUUGUUAUACACCUUUAUGUCAGGUAUAUUCCAUAUAAUAUUGACUUUCUGUUUCUGUUACCACCAAAAUUCUGGAUUGUUGGUAUCUUUGUAAGGGUCAACUUGCAAACUUCCUGUUUUAAGGUGUGAUGUAGACACGUGUUACAAGUUCAGCAGGAAAAUAAAAGCUUCCCUCCAUUAGGAGUAGCUUGAUACUCGUGUAAGCGCACGCAAUAGAAAGUAUCACAGCCAACUUUUGAUGAGUCGUCAUGAUAACGAACAUCAAGGGCCUGAUCUACUAAAGGUUUGUGUGUAUUAAAAUAUGUGCAAACCUGAUCUAAUUAAUUUGUGUGCAGAGUCUCUGAAAUGAGCAAAAUAGAGAGCGCAAUCCAUUAAGCGUGUCUGUCUUCAUGUAUGUGCAGAAUAUAUGCUGAUUAUCAAUCCCCCACAAUAGUAGGAGGAGGAGAUACAAAUGUAACUAAAUGAGGCAAUUCCUGAAGGAAUGGCGUGUGAAUGCUCCAAUGCUGAAGUUGAACUGAAAUGCUGACAGAAUGUAGUAUGAAUGUAAGAAUAGAAGAAAGUUUGAAUGUUGAAGAGUUUGAAUUCCCAGGAAAACCGGAAUUUGGUUUGAAACUUGGGAAAGUGUUAGUUUGAAUGUCCAGGAUGAGAGGAAUGUGUUAAUGUUGAAAUGCUUUGAAUAGAUUGAAAAAUGUGGGAAUUGCGCAACUUGGAAAAAUGUCCCAUUCAUUUCAAUGGGAACUUCCUGGAAAAUUGGGAAUUUUUUAGGAAAUGAUUAGGAGCA